AUGGCGAUGGAACGUCCUGUGAUCGCUACCUUCUGGAGUGGCACUACGGAGAACAUGACGGAGGAAAACUCGUAUCCACUCAAGAGUGACGGCCUCAUUGAGAUUGAGGAAGGCGCGUUUAAAGGGCAUAAGUGGCUGAUCCUUCUGGACAAAUAUUCCCCGGAAAUUAUUGGAGAGAUCGUCCUCGGACACAUUACUCGAAUCUUGGAGCACAGAAAAAAAACUGCAGUUGCUAUAGAGUGA